UCGUAUUGUUAUGGCUGUCGGCGGAACACAGCCGUCAUGUUUGUAUCGUAUAGUUAGCACUGCUGGUUCUGUAGCUCAUGUAAAUGCUGCAGUGUUUUAACCAGGUUGUUCUUUCUCUGUAACCAUGAACAGGACACAGCUGAAGCGGUCCAGUAUCUUGAGGAUGGCUCUCGGAGGCUCGGAAACGAUGGACCAGGACGGACAUGGAGAGACUUUCAUAUUCCGGGCUGUACAAAUAGGAUCGGUGGUUGCACUGUACUGGUUUAUUUCAAUAACAAUGGUGUUUCUUAAUAAUUACCUGCUGGACAACCACAACUUGGACGCGCCGUUGUUUGUCACUUUUUAUCAGUGCCUUAUCACUGUUGGACUGUGCUGGCUCAUGCAGCAGCUGUCCAAAUUGUGCCCGAAACUCAUCGACUUCCCGUCGGUCAAAUUCGACUUGAAGACGUCCCGGGAGGUCCUGCCGCUGUCCAUUGUGUUCAUAAGCAUGAUCACCUUCAACAACCUGUGCCUGAAAUAUGUCGGAGUGGCUUUCUACACGGUCGGUCGCUCGCUCAGCACAGUUUUCAACGUGCUGCUGUCCUACAUUAUCCUGAAACAAACCACAUCAUUCCAAGCCAUACUGUGCUGUGCGAUCAUACUGGGUGGAUUCUGGCUUGGUGUGGACCAGGAAGGCAUGACGGGGAACCUCUCCUGGUCAGGUGUCUUUUUUGGAGUAAUGGCCAGUGCUUUUGUCUCUCUGAACGCCAUCUACACCAAGAAGGUGAUGCCAGCAGUGGAUGGAAACAUCUGGAAACUGUCCUACUACAACAACAUUAACGCCUGCAUCCUCUUCCUCCCGCUCAUUCUUGUUUUUGGAGAGUUGGGCAGUCUCGCCAGCUUCAGCCGCUCCUUUGACCUCAGGUUUUGGGGAAUGAUGACGCUCGGAGGAGUGUUUGGUUUCGCCAUCGGCUACGUCUCAGGCCUCCAGAUCAAGUAUACCAGUCCACUCACGCACAAUGUCUCAGGGACAGCAAAGGCCUGUGCUCAGACCGUUAUUGCCGUGGCGUACAACCAUGGCAGUAAAAGCCUGCUGUGGUGGACCAGUAACUUGAUGGUUCUUUGUGGCUCGUCAGCCUACACUUGGGUCAAAAGUCUAGAAAUGAAGAAGGUUCCACCAACUCCAGACAAGGAAAAACUGCUGCAAGGGGAGAAAAGCGACCUGGGAGUGUAACCCUUUUUAAGUUGGCUGAGAAACCUUCAACUUUUAUACAUGUGGCUUGAGAAUUUUUAAUUAUGUAACAUUUAGAUCAUGAAUGAUUAGUGAUUUUUAAAUGGUUGCAACCAUGGAGUCAAUGAUUUUGGUUGUGUUUUAAUAGUCUUGUGGUUUUAUACAGUGUGACAUUAUGCCUGAAAGAAUUUGUAUUUAUAUUUUUAUUUAAAGCUAUUCACAUGCAUCUGGGGCCUUUUUGCAUUAUUGUGAAUAUAAUAAUGAGUCUUUUAUUAUCUAGUCUACAAGGGAAGGGAAACAAUAAUGUUUUUAUUUAUAAAGAUAUUGUUUUAAUUAUGAUUCUACACAUGUCACUAUCUUGUUAAUGUUUUUAAUGGUAGCCUCUGCCUAAGAACACGUCUGCUUUCUCAAUUCAAAUCAACAAGCCAUGACAGAAGGAUUAAGGUUACCUAGGUCCUAGGUAACCUAACCUAGGUAAUCAGAAACCUUGUGUCAGAGGGACUGAUGUACUAUAGGCCUCUUAUCUCCAAAGAAAACACCCCUUCAGCAUGUUGGACUGUUGCAGUCAUGAACUUGUACAUUAUUUGCUGCAACACAUGAGGUUUCUAAGCUGGUCAAAUUUUAAAUUGUAAACCAAGGCGAUGGCAUAAAGUCCUAUGAAAAUGUAUUUGCAUUUCAAAACAAAAGUGGGACUGAUGGAAAGAGAAACCUGUUUGAAUAUCUACUCGUAGGUCGCUCAUGUUUGUACAUUUACAUGUGUCAGUCGUCUUUACUUGUCACAGAAAUGUCCACACCUGAGAAAUCUUUAUUUGCACUUAUCAUUCACUCUGAACUUAUGGUGUGUCAUACCAGGCACCUAUUUACCAGCCUGAAACUGCCAUCCUCUGUCUUUAAACCCAUCUUUUUUAAAUGUAUUUGAUUCGCUGUAACUGUUCAAUUGAACACAAACGGAGCCUGGGAGCCUCUUAAAGAGAAUACAUUAAAUUGGUGUGCAAUUCAACUGUU